GAAAAUUUGCUCAGGAAAGUUAAUUAUUUUAAGGAAAUCAAAAUGACAUUUUAAAAAUUAUUUGCACAUACAAUUUAUUGUUAAAUUUUACAAAGUGUUAAAAUAUAUUAUAAAAAAUUAAUAAAACAAGAAAGAAAAGAAAGAUGUACAAUAUAAAUGAAUUAAUGGAAAGAGAUUAUAGACCAGCAGUGAAUCCUCAAAAAAAUAGUUCAUAUAAAUUAACAUUACUUGUGGUGGCAUUAAAAGUAUCAGUAGUGAUAAUUUGUGAUAUUUUCCACUGGUUCAUCAAUUUGUUCAAGUCAUCAGAGCCUGAAAAUAUUUCAAAGAAAUUAGCUCUCGUUACUGGAGGUGGAAAUGGAUUAGGAAGGUCGCUGUGCUUCCGACUAGCUCAGGAAGGAUGUGAUGUAGCAGUGGUUGAUAUUGAUUAUAAAGGAGCAUUUCAAACAGCUUCAGAAAUUCAAGAAAAAUAUAAAAUUAUUUGUAAACCUUAUCAUUGUGAUGUGUCAGAUAAAAAUGCAAUUUAUAAGCUCAAAAAUGAUGUUGAACGUGAAAUGCGAGGUGUUGACAUUCUUGUAAAUAAUGCUGGACUUCUGUACACUGCAAAUUUCUUAACAUCUAAUGUUGAGGAUAUUGAGAGAGCUGUGAAAGUUAAUACAUUGUCACAAAUCUUGAUGACCAGAAUCUUCAUCUCUGGAAUGAUUGAACGAAAAUACGGUCGAAUAAUGUCAAUUUGCUCAAUCACAAGUAUUGUUGAAAGUCCAACAAUGGUCACUUAUUCAGCAACAAAGAAAGGUGUAGAUGGAUUUAUAAAAGCACUUAAGGAAGACAUCCUCGUUAGUGGAAAUGAUGAAUUCAUUAAAUUAUUCUUGGUUUAUCCAGAUUUUAUGCACACGCGAGAAGAAAUUUCAAAUGUUUUAGAUGCAGUUAAACACUUUUUACCUCGACUAUCACCGGACCGUGUUGCUGAUGAUGCUGUGAACGGAUUAAUAGCCGGAAAGGAAUAUAUUUAUGCGACGGAUAUUAUGCCGAUUUAUUAUGCUGCUAAAUUUCUUACAAAAAAUGCAAAAAAGCAUAUUUCGACAUCAAUUUUGGAUUCAUCAAUAUUCUUUAGUGGAAACAUUAAAAAUAAAACAUUAUAA